AUGAACAAACUAGUACCCGGCGUUCAUCUUCCGAACAAGGCGUCAAAACCGAUACACAAACCCAAGAAAAAACCGGUGAAAGUGGUGUACAUCUCAAACCCUAUGAAAGUCAACACGAGUGCUUCUCAGUUCAGAGCUCUGGUUCAGGAACUCACUGGCAGAGACGCUGAUGACUUGCCUGCACCACCGUUUCUACAACAUUUUAAUGUUGAUAAUUCUCAAGAACAAGUAGUGAGGGAGCAGGAGGAGAAGGAGGUGCACAAAGAAGCUGAGCAGGCUGCAACUGCAACAUUGUGUGUUGAUGAUGAAGAUAAACAUAACGGGUCGGAUCUAUUGCCGUUGCAAGACAUUAACGGAUAUUUCUCGCCCUCCAACUUUUGGUAUGAAUCUGUCUUUCAUGUUGAUGGUUCCAAAGUCUAG